AUGCCUUUCGUCACAAACUUUCAACCAGUUGCCUUAAAGGACACCAAUCUGUUCAAGCCAACCAAGAUUGGUAAUACCGAGUUGAAACAUCGUGCGGUGAUGCCACCACUAACAAGAAUGAGAGCAGAGCAUCCUGGUAACAUCCCUAAUAGGAAAUGGGCCUACGAGUAUUAUAAACAACGUUCUCAAAGGCCAGGUACCAUGUUAAUUACAGAAGGCACCUUUAUCUCUCCCCAGGCUGGUGGUUAUGACAACGCUCCAGGAAUUUGGUCCCAAGAACAAAUGGAUCAAUGGAAACAUAUCUUUAAAGGUGUUCAUGAUAAUAAAUCAUUUAUUUGGGUUCAAUUAUGGUCUCUAGGUUGGCAAGCAUUCCCUGAUACAUUAGCUAGGGAUGGUUUACGUUAUGAUUCUGCAACUGAUGGUUCUGCUAACAUUUAUAUGGAUGAAGAAUCUGAGUUGAAAGCUAAGAAGGCAAAUAAUCCGCAGCAUGGAUUGACUAAAAAUGAAAUAAAGCAAUAUAUUGAAGAGUACGUUCAAGCUGCGAAAAACUCCAUUGCCUGCGGCGCUGAUGGGAUCGAGAUACAUUCAGCUAAUGGGUAUCUUUUAAAUCAAUUCUUAGACCCUAUGUCUAAUCAAAGAACUGACGAAUACGGUAACUCUAUCGAAAACAGAGCUCGUUUUGUCUUAGAAGUGACUGAUGCUGUAGUAAAAGCUGUUGGUCCUGAAAGAGUUGGUAUUAGAUUCUCACCAUACGGGAAAUUUGGAAAUAUGUCAGGUGGUUCUGAUCCAGAUUUACUUGCUGAAUAUUGUUAUAUUCUUGGUGAGUUGGAAAAGAGGGCUAAGAAUGGUAAGAGAUUAGCUUAUGUUCAUUUAGUUGAACCAAGAGUAACAAAUCCCUUCUUAAAAGAAGGUGAAGGUGAAUAUACUGACGGUACCAAUGAUUUUGCAUAUUCCAUUUGGAAAGGCCCAAUUAUUAGGUCUGGUAAUCUAGCUUUGCAUCCUGAAAUUGCUAAAGAUUUGCUUCAAGACGAUAGAACCUUGUUGGGUUAUGGUAGAUUCUUCAUUGCCAACCCUGAUUUAGUUGAUAGAUUAGAAUAUGGUGAGCCCUUGAACAAGUAUGAUAGAUCUACUUUCUACGCCAUGACAGACAAGGGGUAUUUGGAUUAUCCAACUUACGAUGAGACAUUCGAACACAGAUCUGGCUCGGUAGAACCAUUGACAGACAAAGCCUAUGAAAACCAUCAGAAUUUCGAUAGAACAUUUGAAAAGCGAACCAUAUAA